AUGGAGACUCCGAUUGAAUUACUUUACCAGUUACCCCAAUUGAGAUUUGAGGCGUACCAGGCUGAUAUCACCAACGAAACGGAUCAAUUCAACGCUUGGCUAGACUAUCUAGCCAACGUGGAGGUUCCCGAAAGGUUACUGCUGCCAAUCGAGUGCGAUAAACCCGCUCAGGUCAAUAUGGCCAAGUUCACUGAAACAGCAAUUGCCGAUCAAGUACUGGCUUUAACCAUGGAUACUUGCCAUUUUGAACCUGGUAACUUUGAGGCAGUGGUCCCCCACCUCACGCAAUUGUACCACUGGACUGAUUACAUGCCGCCCGCCUAUGUCGGCCGUUUGGUUGUGAACGUGUUUUGCAAUACUUAUCAUUACCCCAAAUCCAUUGAGAUUUUCCUUGAUGCUGUUUUUGAAUGGAAAUGGCUGAUUCAGAAUGACCCCAUCAACGAAACCGGCAGAGGUCAGAUUCGAGGGAUGAUUAUGCUCCUCCUCAACGUGUUGGCAGCACUGGCCUGUGCUACUGAUGAAGAAGCUAAUGCUUGGAAAGUGAAGCAUUUUGGAGAAUUGAUUGAACCGCCAUGGUCUCUAAAUGUUGUGGACACCAUUGGCACUAUCGUGGACCAGGAGUGGCUAUUCUAUAAACCACCAACGGGAUCCAAAUUGGACUUCCUCGAUUGGAUUGACGACAUUAUCAACCCUAAAGUGCCAGCAGCUGUUACUUCCGAUGGUAACCAACGGACGGAAACCGACCAGAACGAUCGUGACCCACAGUCCCUGCAUCUUGGUUUAUACUUCGAGUUUCUUGAGAAGCGAACUGCUAUCGGUUCCAAUGUCGACAAAGCUACCUUGAAGAGCUUUAUUGCAAUAACUUUAAACGAAAUGUGUGACGCUCAUAUGACCAACACUGAUGAUACGAUGGCGGGGCUCAGAAAAACCGUGGACGUCUUACUCAAAACUGUGUCGUCACAGUCUACUAUUCCAGACCAACAAACGUUUGAGUUGGCGACGCUGAAGCUCGUAUCGGCAACAAUGUACGAAUUGCUUAUUGCCAGAAUUGGGUCGAUGUCACCCAUGGCCCACUUUGGAGACUCCGAGCUGUGUACGUUUGUGGCGCUGCGCCUGAUCAUUAGCAAAUUCAAACACAAGCAACCGUAUAAGCAAGCUGUUUUCGGAGAUGAGAUUAUGGUGGAGGGGACGGGGACGCUCAAGCUAGUUGACGACAGUGGCCAUUCCUACGCGAUGAAGGCUCUCUACUCGCCACUGUCGAUGGGUAAAACCUUCACUGUGGGACCACGGCCAGCACCUAAACAGGUGACAUUGCUGGAGACCACUCCCGCCGUAGUGAGGUACGAAGUGUUUUUACAACACUGCCGACUCGUGCGCAGAAUUGGUAAGUCCCUUUCUAUUUAUGAAGGUAAUAACGGGGGGAAGCUCUACUUUAUGAUACGCACUAUGCUGUACCCAUUAAGAGUACUGCCCAAGCUCGGAGCCAUGCUUGAAGCCUGGGCCACUGUCAGUGAGCAGUUGUCUCUGACGGAAAAGAAAAUGAAAGAAUUAGGUCUAUUAGUUUAA